CAUAGCAGCUUCAUGGGGAUGAGCCUCCCAGCUCCACGCAGACUCCUGGAACUGGCAUGUCAGAGCCUGCUGCGGGAUGAAGCCUCGGCCAUCACUGCUCUGGAGUGGCUUCCUAUGGAGCUCUUCCCACCUCUUUUCAUCACAGCCUUCACUGGGAAGCACAGCAGAGUCCUGAAGGCCAUGGUGCAGGCUUGGCCCUUCCCCUGCCUCCCUCUGGGGGCCCUGAUGAACCAUCGGCAGUCUUACCAGGAUAUCUUGCAGGCUGUGCUCGAGGGACUCGAUGCCAUGCUUGCCCAGGACCCUCGACCCAGGAGAUGUAAACUGCAGGUGCUUAAUUUACAGAAGAGAGUUCAUUUGGAGUUCUGGAUGGUGUGGGCAGGAACCAGAGCCCAUGUGUGCUCACUGCUGGAGCCUGAGGCCCUGCAGCCCAUGAGGAAUAGGAGGAAAGUGCACAGCUUAACGGCCAGGCCAAAUCCACCCUUGGCCCCCGUGGAGGUGUUAAUAGACCUUUGCCUCAAGAAAGGUGUCCUUGAUGAGUCCCUCAGCUACCUGAUUAAGAAAGUCAGCGAGCGGAGAGGUUUGCUGCACCUUUGCUCUAAGAAGCUGAAGGUUUUUGCGAUGUCGAAGCAAAACACUAACAUCCUGGAUAUGGUGCAGCUGGACUCUGUCCAGGAUUUGGAGGUAAACUGUACCUGGAAGCUGUCCACUCUGAGGAAGUUCGCUCCUUACCUGGGCCAGAUGGGCAAUCUGCGCCGGUUCCUGCUCUCCCACGUCUUCACGUCUUCUCACACCACCUUGGAGCAGGAGGAGCAGUGUGUUGGCCUGGUCACCUCUCAAUUCCUCAACCUGCCCCACCUCCAGGAGCUCAAUUUGGACGAUGUCUCCAUCCUCAGAGGCAACCUGGAUGAGAUCCUCAGGUGCCUGAAGAGCCCCUUGGAGACCCUGUCCAUCACUAACUGCCUGCUUUUCGAAAGAGACUUUAGACAUCUCUCCCAGCAUCUGAAUGUCAGCCAGCUGAAAAGCCUGAGUUUCAGUGGGCUCAACCUGACCAUUAUCAGUUCUCAGUCACUCCAAUUUCUUUUAGAGAGAGCCUCCCCCACUCUCCAGGACCUGAACUUGGAUGAGUGUGGGAUCAUGGACCACCAGUUCCUGGACAUCCUGCCAGCCCUGAGCCACUGCUCCCAGCUCACAACCCUAAGUUUCUGUGAAAACCCCAUCUCCAUGAUGGUCCUGGAGGACCUGCUUCACCACGUUGUCGGGCUGAGCAAGCUGAGUUGCGUGAUUUAUGCAGCGCCCGUGGAGAGUUAUGAGGAAACUAGCAGCAACAUCAACCUGGGCCGACUUGCCCAGAUGCAUGCCAUGCUGAAGCAUAUGCUUCAGGAGUUGGGUCGGCCCGGCAUGGUCUGGCUCUGUGCUUACCCCUGUCCUCACUGUGGCUGUAGAACCUUCCAUGACCCAACUCCCAUUCUGUGA